UUCUCCUGUUCUUCCCUCUGGUUGAAUAAAGUUACGAGGAAGAUUUUAAAAAUUAAAGAUUGAAUUUAUACUUGAACUUUUCAGUGUACACAAAUAUUCGCAAUUUUCAAUAAUCUCAGAUUAUUAAUCUAGUAUAAUAUUCAAGUUCAUAUUCUAAUAAUCGAAAUGGAAAACUCUACCAAGAUUCGGCACCUAAUUUCUAACCUGCCCGAGGUAAUUCACAAAAUUAUGGAAUUCCUGCCCAGUUCCGACUUAGAAGCGGCCUCACUGGUCAACCACACGUGGGAGGAGGAAGCCCUUAACCAUCUCUUGGUCAGAAAUCCGAUCGACAUUCACCUUCUCGACGUCACCGACCCCUCCGAUGUACUCCUCCCUCUGAAGAACCUGUCCCCUGCAUACCUCUGAAUCUUUUUUCAUAAGGGGACCAAGGCGAACAGUUAUCAUGAACUCCAAUUGAGAGUGAAACAGGUAUCCAACAACGUGGACAACUUGGUGGAUCCAUUUAACUCGAUAAAAUUCAAAACCGUGACAAAAUUAUACCUCGAUUUCCCCAUGGACAACAACUUGCGACACGUGGCGUGUAAUUUGGUAAAAAUCCUGGGAAAUGAAUCCUUCCAAAAUUUGAAAUCUUUGGAAUUGCAUCCGACAAUGGCGAAUUACCAGGAAGCCUAUUCCUCCAAAGUCAACUGGACGGACGUUUUUCCGGAAAAUGUGUGCUACCCGGGAAAAAAACUGACAAUUUUAAUCUUAGACAUGGGUGAUUUAUACAUUCCGUAUUUCUCGGGGACAAAAUUACGUAAAAUUGUCUCCUUAACGACCCGAAUUCUCUCGAAUUUCCGGCACGUGGCCAAGCUCAAAAUGUCGGGCGUCCCCGGUGGGAUUUUUGACCUGAGAAGUGUCACCUUGCCCCAACUGAGGGUGAUAUCCUUGAGAAAAUGGGACCGUUUGGCGAUUCACUACGCCGCAAAUGAUAAAGUCGUGCAGCUCUACAGAUUCAAAUUACCGCUUGGCGGAAACUUUGAAAACGUGACGCGCUACGAGUUUAACGUCCUCCCAGUGGACAGUGUCUACCAGUUCGACUUGUUUCGUCUCCUCGCCCCCCAGCUGGAGCAAGUUUGCAUCUUUUCCGUGACAAGGUGCACCCCGAAAAGCCUUCCCAUCCACGUGGUCCCGGUUCUCCCACGGUUAAAGGUUUUCGAAGUUUCGCGAGACCAAAGAAGUAACGCAUGGGAAACCUGGUUUCGACCCGAGCUCUGUUUGCGUUUUGAAAGUGGUGAAGGGAAUUCGGUUAAAUUAGUUUAUGCGAUACAGUUCCCGCUCCUGGAGAAGUUAAGGGUGCACGUGGUCCCGGGGUGGUUUGAGGAGAAGAGAAACCCGUGUGAAGAACAUUUGGAUUUUGAAGCGACCAUGCUUUUACUGUGUGAAAACUUUUUGGCGGAUGGGAUCGAUCCGUGUGAGACGGUGAGAAAUUUGGACAUUUCGUUCCCCCAGGGGGGAAAUUUGGGGAGUAUGGAAAUGAUAAAGCGGUGUGGGUGUAAACAUGUUAAUUGUGCGUGUUGGGGGUGGAAGGAGGAGGUUCCCAAUUUCUAUGAGAGGAUUUUCACAAUUUUUCCGAAUCUUGAAUAUUAUGUGGUGGAGAUGGGAAGAGCAAAUGUGAGAGCGGCAAGGAUUCAAAAGAUUGCCGAGAUGGGAGUCAAGUGGGGGCUUUUUAAGGAGGAGGGUGACUUUGAGAAGAUGCUGGGGAGCUACGAGACAGGACAAUAAAUAGAAAUAGACGCAAUAAUUUAAAUAGAAAUAGAAAGUUAGAAAUUUGGGGAAAAUUAAGUUCAAAAUUGUUUUGAAAGAAGCCUUUUAAAUAUCCACCGGACUGAUUUUAAAUUGUGCAAGCUCAAAAAUGAGUUGACCCGUAUUUUUGCGUUUUCCUGAAUG